UUAACCUUCCUGCCAUGGUAUAUAUAGUCUGUCUGACCACCGGAGUUCUCCUGGCAGCCAUCAUGAAGGGUACAGUCUGGAUCUGCUGUCUCCUCUCCCUGCUGCUAUUGCAGGCCACAGCAGAGGAGGAAGACCACACCUCUGUCUUAAGAGAUACAUCUCAUAUUGAUGAGACGCUGCGGCUUGCAACUGAAGAGAAGGCAUCAGACUAUGCAGCGGCUAUACAGACGUUGCGAAAGAUCUACCACACAUCCAUCAAGCCGAUGGAGCAAGCCUACAAGUACAAUGAGCUGAGGCAGCACGAGAUUUCAGCAUACCCCGGACGAACCCUGGGGGACUCAGCCACAGAUGGAGAGAUUACCUCUAAACCCAUGGUGUUGUUCCUGGGACCCUGGAGUGUAGGAAAGUCCUCCAUGAUUAAUUACCUCCUGGGCUUGCAUGACAGCCCCUAUCAGCUCUACACAGGAGCAGAGCCUACUACCUCUGAGUUUACUGUUAUCAUGCACGGGGAGAAGAUCCGCUCCGUUGAGGGAAUUGUCAUGGCAGCAGACAGCUCCCGCUCCUUCUCCCCCCUGGAGAAGUUUGGCCAAAACUUCUUGGAAAAGUUGAUUGGCAUUGAGAUGCCCCACAAGCUGCUGGAGCGUGUGACGUUUGUGGACACGCCAGGAAUCAUUGAGAACCGCAAGCAGCAGGAACGAGGCUACCCCUUCAAUGAUGUUUGCCAGUGGUUCAUUGACCGUGCCGACCUGAUCUUUGUGGUGUUUGAUCCCACAAAACUGGACGUGGGUCUGGAGUUGGAGAUGCUCUUCAAGCAACUCAAGGGUCGCGAAUCACAGAUCCGCAUCAUCCUCAACAAGGCUGACAAUCUGGCCACCCAAGACCUAAUGAGAGUUUACGGAGCACUGUUUUGGAGCUUAGCUCCUCUCAUCAACGUGACAGAACCUCCCCGCGUUUAUGUCAGUUCCUUCUGGCCUUAUGAUUACGCACCUGACACCAGCAGGGAGCUCUUCAAACGAGAAGAGAUCUCCCUCCUGGAAGAUCUCAACCAGGUGAUCGAGAACCGGAUGGAGAACAAGAUCGCCUUCAUCCGCCAGCACGGCAUACGUGUGCGCAUCCAUGGCUUGUUGGUCGACCGCUAUGUCCAGACCUUUAAAGAGAAGAUGAGUUUCUUCAGUGACCCCGAGCUGGUCUUUCAGGAAAUUGUAGACGAUCCGGAUAAAUUCUACAUUUUUAAAUCCAUUCUAGCCAAGACCAACGUCAGCAAGUUUGACCUGCCCAACCGAGAUGCUUACCGUGACUUCUUUGGUAUCAACCCCAUCACCAGCUUCAAGCCCCUGUCUGCUCAGUGCUCCUACAUCGGAGGCUGUCUGUUGGAUAAGAUUGAGAAAGCCAUCACCACAGAGCUUCCUGCUCUUCUGAGCAGCAUUAACUCUGGCAAGCAGCCGGGCCUGUCAUCCUGCGAGGUCACCGGCUGCGGGGAAAAGCCAAAGAACCGUUACAGAAAGAACUGAGGAGCAGAGCAAAGAGUGGAGGAAAGUGCGGAAACAGAAAAUGGUGAAAAGAUGGGUUUGGCAGAAGCCAUCCCCACUUUUGUCAGAAUGCUUGUAUUGCUGAGGAGAAGAGAGCAACGAUUGGUUGUGUUUGUUUGUUUGUUUGUUUUCCCCUCAGGAGAAAAAAAAAUGGGAUGGUGCAUUUGGGGACAGUAGAAAUAAUAGAGAUCGAGGGGCGGGGGAGGAUUUGAUAUGGCAGCUUGAGGAUACAAGUGCUGAUGAAAUAAGAACAAGCCACUGAUCACAGAGUUCUGUUAAGCCACACACUCACCUUUCCCCCUUUUGCUCGACCCCUUUGGACUGUCUGGGACUGUGAAUUUGAGGAUUAGUGACUUGGAGAGAGCGUGGCAAAAACAAAAAGAUAUACAAAAAAAAAGUAAAUCCUAAGACUGAAAAUAUUUAAAUGCCUGCUCCCUUGCAUGUGAAUGAAACAGGAAGUUGAAACAGAAAUCUGUGUUGUAAAAUGAAAAGAAUUGCAUUACAGCAGGCCAAUUCCACGAGCUUCCUGAAGCUGUUCCUGCAGCUGUCUCUUUGUGGGUGCUAUACAAAAGCUUGUGUAUUGGGCUGAUCAUCCAGUCUAUUUUGCUUUUUGUUCUUAUUUUCGUUUUCCUCUCAUUUUUGCAUGUUAAAUAUCACAUCAGAUGCAUGUCUAUUUAUUUUAAAAUCACAAACAUUUCCCUUUUUCAGUCUGUCUGAUUCAAUGCUUCCCUGUAACAAAUGAGACCUUUAAUCUCUGAGCUUUAAUGUCUGUCAGUCUUGGUUGUUGACAACCUGUGAAAUAAGCAGAGGUUAGAGUUUAAAGGUCAAAAGCUAUUAGUUCUUCACUUCUUAACUGUUCGUUUGUAUAAGUCUAUAAAUUUGCCAGGUUUUGGCAGAAAUUCAA